AUGAAUUACCAAAAGGUUUAUGGUAUCACAGGUCCUGUCUCCGUGGCAGGUCCAACAGCCCCCGAGAAUAAACUUAACGAUGCAUUGAUUCAGGAGUUGAAGAAGGAAGGGUCCUUUGAAUCGGAAGCCGAUACUGCCAAGAGAGUACAGAUUUUAAAGACGUUACAAGAAUUGGCUCAAAAAUUUGUCUAUCAAGUUUCUAAGAAUAAGAAUAUGUCUGACGGUAUGGCUAAGGAUGCAGGUGGUAAGAUCUUUACGUUUGGUUCUUACAAGCUUGGUGUACACGGUCCAGGCAGUGAUAUCGAUACAUUGGUUGUGGUUCCAAAACAUGUCUUGCGAGAAGAUUUCUUCACGGUAUUUGAUGCCUUGUUAAGAGAAAGACCCGAAUUAGAUGAAAUUGCACCUGUUCCAGAUGCAUUUGUCCCGGUUAUUAAGAUUAAAUUCAGUGGUAUCUCUAUUGAUUUAUUAUGUGCAAGACUUGACGUCGCUCAAGUACCUGUAACAAUGACCUUGAGUGAUAAGAACUUAUUAAGAAACCUAGAUGAAAAGGAUUUGAGAGCUCUGAAUGGUACGAGAGUCACUGAUGAAAUUUUGGAAUUAGUACCAAAGACUAGUGUAUUUAGAAUCGCUUUGAGAGCCGUCAAAAUAUGGGCCAAUAGACGUGGUAUUUAUGGUAAUGUUUUUGGGUUUCCCGGGGGUGUUGCUUGGGCUAUGUUAGUCGCUAGAAUCUGUCAAUUAUAUCCUAAUGCUUGUUCCGCAGUGAUACUAAACAGAUUCUUUAAAAUUUAUUCAGAAUGGAAAUGGCCACAACCUGUGGUAUUAAAGCCUAUCGAGGAUGGUCCUUUACAGGUCCGAGUUUGGAAUCCCAAGAUUUAUGCACAGGACAGAUCACAUAGAAUGCCAGUUAUCACACCAGCUUAUCCUUCUAUGUGUGCUACCCACAAUAUCUCGGAAUCUACUAAGAACGUUAUAUUAGGGGAAUUCGAUAGAGGUAUAAAAAUUACAAAUGAGAUCUUUUCAAAUAAGAAAAAUUGGAGUGAUUUGUUUAAUAAACAUGAUUUCUUUCACAAAUAUAAAUUCUAUUUAACUGUUGCGGUCACUACAAAAGGUGAUGAUGAACAGCAUUUGAAAUGGACAGGUCUAGUAGAAAGUAAAUUGAGAUUAUUAAUAUUGAAACUAGAGGCACUUCCAGGAAUUAAUAUUGCUCAUCCCUUCCCUGCAUUAUUUGGGACAACAUACAUUUACAAAGAUAAUAAAGAUGUUGAAAAUAUAUUGCAGAAUUAUGGGUCUCAUAAGACAGAAAAUAGAUUACAAAAUCUUGUCAAGAUAACGGACGACAAUAAGGACGACGAAUCUGUAAAGGAUAAGCCUACAAUGUAUCUAACAACGAUGUACAUUGGUUUAGAUGUUAACGUUGAGAACAAAAAGGAAAAAGUUGACAUACAUGUACCAUGUGCUGAAUACUUUAACCUUUGUCGUAAUUUCAAUGAAGAAUUUCAAGAUAAUGAUGUUUUCUCCCUAAUUAUUAGAUAUGUUAAACUCUAUGAUCUCCCUGAUGAGGUUUAUGAUGAAAAUGAAGCAAGGCCAAUAAAGAAGAAGAGAAGCAAGAGGGCAAAGGGUGCGGAGGAUGAUAAUGGUACAAAAAGACCAAAAUCUGAUGCAGGAUCUAUAGAAUCGUCGUCGACAACUGCUAUUGGUCAAACUGCAGCAGCCUAA